AUGUACAUCACCGGAGUACGUGCGGGAUCUUUCACCGUCGGCGUAGGCUAUGAGAAAGGUGCGGAUCUAAGUGGCGGGUUCGUGCGGCCUGACGAUGAGACUUUGCGCUGGAGCGACGUCAAGUUCUUCCAUUAUCCCAACGUCGAUGGCGUCGCCGUCAGCAUCAAGUACAAGUAUCUCAAAGGCCAACGGAACCCAUACACCCAGCGUGCCGUUGAGGCCAAGAAGACCUUCACCUUCCUUCCGACUCGUGGCGAGCGGUACGAGUUCGACCUGUCUGCGGUACUACUCGCCAUCGCCUUCAACCGUGGCUUGUUCCCCUUCAGCACUAUCGAAGACCUCCUCGCCGACGAGCGUGUCAAUCUGCCAACCAUCGACGCAGUGUCCAAACAAGCAGUCUUCUUGGCUUCGAAUCAGGCCAGCGAGCUUGAGCCAACACAGCCUAUGAGAAUCGGGGUUCUCAAUCCGAAGCUUCGGAAGAUGUGUACUGCUGUGGGACUUCUUCAGCGCAAUACAACAUACUCCUUCCGCCGGACCGCAAUAGUAGAGAUGCGACGCAGCCACGGUACUGAAAGGGCACGGGAGCUCGCUGGCCACGCCAUCGACUCUACCACCAUCUCGUACUACGACGAAGACACUACCGAGGACAUGGACAUCACCGCCAUGAGGACUGGUGAGCAAACCAUUAGCCGUGAUGCGAUCCGUGAAGCAUUCCGACAGGCGCACACCCGCAUCGACACCCAAGGCAUCGACUUGCAGCAAGAGCUCCGCGAACGGACUGCGAACUCAGUAACUUCAGAUCCUACAUACAUCGACAUGGAGCAGAAGCUCUUCAGCACACUAACAGGCAUUGCUGAGAUCCUAGAGAUGGAUCCGCCGGAGCUUCAGAAGAUGACCAACUUCCAGCAGUAUCGUGACGCACUUGUGGAGAAGUCUCUGUUCAGUGAGCACGAAGAGCUUACCACUCUCCUCGCCAAGCGUAAGAAACUCCGGUAUCAUCUCAUGGAGAGACAUCUCAAGGAGCAGAAAGCGCAAAUGCUUGAAGACCACAAGAAGACAAUGAAGGCGUACCAAGACUCUUCAGAGGCGCUCAUCCAAGGAUUGAGCACGGACGAGGUGGAAGAAGAUUCUGCUGAGGCGGACAUCGACGCAGAAGCUGUCGAAGAAGCGUUGGAAGCCACUCGUGAAGAGCCAGAGCAUUGGGGCACGCUCAAUGACGAAGUCUUCGUUCGCUCGGCGGGUGACCAGGACGGCAACACAACCGUCGAUGGACGUCUUCAGUUCCUCAAAUCGUUCAUUGCUCUCUCUUCGGUCGAGGUCAAGAACAUGAAGUGUAUGCUGUGUCUUCUCGACCCGACGGCUGCUACACCGGACAGACUCUGGGACAAGACCAAGCUCGACCGCCACAUGCGCUCCGAUUACCAUUCUCGCCAACAAGAGCUGCUGCGUGCAGCCAUCAAUUCUCAAGAGGAUGGCAGGGUAAUCUGCCCCUUGUGCAAGGUCUCAAUCCUUCACCGCAAGUUCGCGAAGCAUGUGGAGAGUACGCAUCUUGAGCAUGUCUAA